AUGAACAUAUAAUGUUACUCGUGCUUUGACUUUUCCAGGUGUGCGGGAAGUCGUUCAACAGAAUGUACAACCUGCUGGGUCACAUGCACCUCCACGCCGGCUCCAAACCCUUCAAGUGUCCUUACUGCUCCUCCAAGUUUAACCUGAAGGGGAACCUCAGCCGACACAUGAAGGUCAAACACGGCAUGGACAUCUCACCUGACGGACAAGAUGCUCUUCCUGGGAUGGAGGGCCAGGGCCACUAUGAGGAGGACAACUUUGACUUUGGGACCUCAGGGGCAAACAACAACAUGGAUAAUGGAGGCUCCCAGAACCUCACCAAGCUCACCACGGCCAACAUGGACGACAUGGACAACUAUUACAACUUUGGGAAGGAUACAGCUAACUACAACACGUCUUGAGCAGCAGGAGAAUAGUGUUAAUGGACUACAGACCAUUAGACACCAUGGAUUAAUGGAGAAGAGACCAUGGGUUAUUGGUGGACUAACUGCAGACCAUGGGUUAUUGGUGGACUAACUACAGACCAUGGGUUAUUGGUGGACUAACUACAGACCAUGGGUUAUUGGUGGACUAACUACAGACCAUGGGUUAUUGGUGGACUAACUUCAGACCAUGGGUUAUUGGUGGACUAACUACAGACCAUGGGUUAUUGGUGGACUAACUACAGACCAUGGGUUAUUGGUGGACUAACUACAGACCAUGGGUUAUUGGUGGACUAACUACAGACCAUGGGUUAUUGGUGGACUAACUACAGACCAUGGGAAAACAGAAAGGAAAAUGCCACACUGCUGCUCCCAGCUGAUAUUUAUUUAUAACGUUUCCACCCUUAGGUCUUCAUCAGGUAUCCAGGACCUAAUGGUGGAAACAUUGUUAUAAAUAAAUAUCCGGGAGCACGAGCAGCAGUGUGGCGUUUUCCUUUCUGUUUUCCAUGAGUUUACCUAGAACUCCAGCACCUGUGGAAAGUACCUGGAUGUGUGUAUGUUCUUCAGCUUUUGUUAAUGGAGAGGAGACCAUGGGUGGGGAACAGACAACAUGGCUGCCGUGCUGUGGCAGAGAGAGAGACUGGGUUAGGGCGUGCUGUGGCAGAGAGAGAGACUGGGUUAGGGCGUGCUGUGGCAGAGAGACUGGGUUAGGGCGUGCUGUGGCAGAGAGAGAGACUGGGUUAGGGUGUGCUGUGGCAGAGAGAGAGACUGGGUUAGGGCGUGCUGUGGCAGUGAGAGAGACUGGGUUAGGGCGUGCUGUGGCAGUGAGAGAGACUGGGUUAGGGCGUGCUGUGGCAGUGAGAGAGACUGGGUUAGGGCGUGCUGUGGCAGAGAGACUGGGUUAGGGCGUGCUGUGGCAGAGAGACUGGGUUAGGGCGUGCUGUGGCAGAGAGAGACUGGGUUAGGGCGUGCUGUGGCAGAGAGAGAGACUGGGUUAGGGCGUGCUGUGGCAGAGAGAGACUGGGUUAGGGCGUGCUGUGGCAGAGAGAGAGACUGGGUUAGGGCGUGCUGUGGCAGAGAGAGAGACUGGGUUAGGGCGUACUGUGGCAGAGAGAGAGACUGGGUUAGGGCGUGCUGUGGCAGAGAGAGAGACUGGGUUAGGGCGUGCUGUGGCAGAGAGAGAGACUGGGUUAGGGCGUGCUGUGGCAGA